UGGAAUGGUAUAUACUCUUGAUGUUUAUGACUUUAUCGAAAACUAUAUAAGGCGCAAAGUUUAUAAAGUUGAUGUUUUGUUAGACGUGCCAACAUGCCAAGGAUAUACAACAGCAAAUACAUGUGACAACAUUGGAACGCAUACUUGUAUGACCAUAACAUCAAAGAAGCUACCCUCUUAA